AUGGGUAUUUACAUGUUAGAUAUUCAUAGCGGAAACAUAUUAUUUUUUGAUAAUUAUUUAAAUGGAUAUCAAUGGCAAAUUGGAGAUUUAGGAUUAUCGCAACCUGCGAAUAAUACAUCAUCAAAUGAUGGAAUAUUUGGAGUAAUGCCCUAUAUAGCACCUGAAGUAUUAAAUGGCGGUUCAGUUUCAAAAGCUUCUGAUAUUUAUACGGAAAUAAAACGAUUAGAACUAAUGAAACAUUGUCCUGAAAUUGCUGUAAUGCAUCCGAAUGCAGUUUUUACGAGUAGAAACUCGAGUUCUUUGUUUUCCAGGUCUUCACCUAUAAUGAAUUCAUUAUAUAUUAAUCAAGGAUAUGUUUCAAAAGAAUAUGAUUUUGAUAUUCCAAGUCCACCUACAAUAAAUACUGAUUCAACCAUGAUAAAUUCUUCAAGAAAACGUAAUAUAAAAGAAUUAAAAGCAAAAUAUUCGAGUUAA